UAUGUUUUUCUAAAAAUCGUGGACGGGGUAUACGAUUUUGUUGUUAAAAUUAUUUUAUUUUAUUAUUAUGUUGAUAAAAUAAUUUAUUUUUUGUUGUAGGCUUCUCCUAUCUUCCAUUGUCUCCCAUCCUCCAUUGUCUCAUUCAUCUUCACAAGGUACAACCAUUUUUGGAAGGGUUUUCUGGUCAUUUGGUCCUGCAAUAGAAUGGUUCAAGCAUUGUAGACCAUUAAUUCAGAUCGACGAAACUCAUUUGUAUGGAAAGUAUAAGGGGAAAAUGCUAACUGCCUUAUCGAUUUAUGCAAAUGGUCAUAUAUUUCCUCUUGCAUUUGCUAUAGUGGAAGGGGAAAACACGUCUAAUUGGUCAUGGUUUCUUCAUGCACUUCGCGAAUACGUUACUGAUCGAUAUGGUAUUUGCUUGAUCUCUAACAGACAUAGGGGCAUUCUUUCUGCCAUUAACAAUGAAGAGGUAGGUUGGAGUGAACCUCGAGCUGUCCAUCGAUAUUGUCUUCGUCAUGUUGCUAGCAACUUCAAUCAGAAAUAUAAAUCAAAGCAACUGAAAGACUUGGUGUUUAGGGUAGGUAAUCAACACCAAAGGCGCAAAUUUAUAAAAAUAAUGAAAGAACUACAACGAUUGAACCCAGAGUGUCUUGAGUUUUUUGAAGAUAUUGACGUGGAAAAAUGGACUCAGUCACAUGACAAUGAGUCUCGAUAUGGGUGGAUGACAAGCAAUGCAGCUGAAUGGAUGACAAGCAAUACAACAAGAAAAAGUUUUACCCGACGCUUCAUGACACCUGAUGGCGCUUACUGUUAUCGCAUGAAUAAUUUUGUUGAAGACGUACGUCGAGUCUCCAUGGAAAACAAUUUUGAAAUUUUUAGUCCAAUGUGUGACGAAUUCAUGGGAGAUAUAGACAGCCUUGUUCAGCGGACUCGACGUUUAAAUGUUGCCGACACAGAAUCGUAG